AUGGAGAAUAAUAAUACGAAGAAAGUUGACAUCAGCCACAUCAGUGGCAAUGCCGUGUCUUACCACCAUGACGACAACAGUGUAGCGGACGGUUACGGCAUGUUCCAGUCCAGGGAACAGAUCAUCUCGGACUCCAAAGGACAGUUGGAGUUGGAGAAUGGAAAGGCCCUGAAUGGUCAACACAAUGAUGGGCAUCAUCAUGUGACGCAUCCUACUUCAUACGCUGACACGAUGUUGCACCUUUUCCGUGGGAACAUUGGUACGGGUCUCCUGGCCAUGGGAGAUGCCUUCAGGAACGGAGGCAUCGUCUUCUCGCCCAUAGUCACCGCGCUGCUUGGCAUCAUCUGCGUACAUGCACAACAUUUGCUGCUCAACUGUUCAGAAGAGAUGCAUCGUCAGUCGAAACGUGACCGGCCCCCAGGGUUCGCAGACACGGUAUACCUGGUGUUUGCCAACGGCCCCGUGAGGUACCGAGGACUGGCAGCCUUCAUGAAGGUGCUGGUGAAUGGGUUCCUCUGCAUCACACAGCUCGGGUUCUGCUGUGUCUACAUUGUGUUUAUCGCGAAUAAUGUUAAAAUGAUUUGCGACCAGUACAACAUACACAUUGACUUAUCAAUCCACAUGAUAUUUGUGGUGGUGCCAGUACUCCUGGCUUGCAUGGUGCGUAACCUCAAGUACCUGACACCAUUCUCUACCAUUGCCAACAUUAUGAUGGCUACGGGAGUCGCCGUGGUGGUCUACGAAGCCACCCAGGACCUGCCUGACGUGGAGACCAGGGAAUACAUAGGAACAUGGCAACAACUGCCUCUUUACUUUGGAACUGCCAUUUAUGCUUUUGAGGGAAUCGGAUUGGUUCUGCCCCUCAAGAAUGAAAUGCGCAAUCCGGAGAAGUUCCAGAAGCCUUUGGGUGUGUUGAACGUGGGCAUGGUAGUGGUGGGCAGCAUCUUCAUCACCGUGGGCUUCCUCGGCUACCUCAAGUGGGGAGAUGAUGUGCUCGGCAGCUUGACUCUGAACUUGCAGCCAGGCAGAGUACUCAGCAAUGUGGUGCAGGCUUUGAUCGCGCUAUCGAUUCUGUUCACCUACCCCCUGCAGUUCUACGUACCCAUCGCGAUCACUUGGCCCACCAUACAGAAGAAAUACGCUACAACCAAUCCCAUUGCUAAGGAACUGGGUUACAGAGCUCUUCUGGUACUACUUACCUUUGUCCUAGCAGAAUCGAUUCCUGAGCUCGGUCUCUUCAUCUCGCUGGUGGGAGCUGUGAGCAGCACAGCCUUGGCUCUGAUGUUCCCGCCCCUCAUCGAGCUCGUGUACACAUCCCAGAAGCCCGAAGGAAUCCCCAAACACAUGCUUAUCAAAGACGGAUUCAUCAUUCUUCUAGGAUUGUUCAUUUUCGUCACUGGAACCUACGAGAGCGUGUUCUCCAUCGUCAGGGCGUUCCAGGUCUAG